UGAAAGUGGCAUUCGUCCCAUUCAUUCGUUUCAUUCUGUGGAAGCAAGGACAGCAACAACAUGUCACCUCUAUCUGUAGUGGCUCGCCGGAGUUUGGGGACGUUAACAUUAACAUCCAUAUUCGCAAGACAACAUUCCUCACUUACGACUGAACUAAUCGAAAACAUGGACAAGAAAGCAACCUGGGAUCGGUUCUACACAGAGAACAGCAGCAGCAACUUCAAGAACUUUGAGUGGUUCUUCGGUUUCGACUCGGUCCGGGACUUCGUCCUGCCCCUCUUACAGCCCCAGACCCGCACUGCCACCCCGCUCCACGUCCUGGACAUGGGCUGUGGGACCUCUGCUCUGGGACCCAGCAUCUACCAACACUCCUCCGUCCAGGUGACCGUCACCUGUGCCGAUAUAUCCCCGAUCGCUGUGCGUCUAAUGCGGGAACACGUCGCAGCCAAAGCCAUCGAGCCCCAUCAUCCACUCUCCAUCCUCGGGUUCCUGGAGCUCGACUGCAGGGAGAUGUUUGCACACUUCGGGGCGGACGAGUUGGACCUCAUUGUGGACAAGGGCACGACCGAUGCCCUGUUGCGGUCGAAGGACGGCAGUGGGAAGGCGGGUCACGUGGUGCGGCAGUGCCUGAGGACGCUGCGGGGCUCCGGGCGCCUGCUCCAGUUCUCGGACGAAGACCCCGAUGCCCGGCUGCUGUGGCUGGAGACAGAGGGGCGGGAACCCGGGGAGAGGCCGGCGCAGGUCGUGGUGCAGGAGGUGGGGGAGCUCCGCGGCGUGCGUUAUUAUUGCUAUCAAGUCACUUCGCCCCCUGUCGUUGAAUUACUGUAAUGGUUUGUAUAGUUUCUUCGUAAUAAUUAUAUCUUGAUGGGUCGUGAGCAGUGGCGGCUGGCGAUCAAACAUGUUGGUGGGACACAGUAAUAUACAGGGGGUCUGAGGUCCCCCCCCCUUUUUUUAUUUUUUAUUUAAUAGAUAUGAUUUGCUGUUUCUGGUGCAUUUUGGGGAUGGCCACUAUCUAUUUACCUACUUUUCAUUCAGAUUCAUAGCCUACAUCCUGAC